AUGUCGGCAUUCCCGGUAUCUUCACCAACCAGGAGAGUAGAUCAAGGAAUGCGAAAUAUUGACAUUAUGAGGAGUCCUGGAACACCGAGGUUGAACUCAACAGGAAGCACACUUUGUAGUUCAGGGGAAUUUUUGAAGUUAACCCCAGUUAAAAUCCUAGAAUUUGAUUCACCUAUAGCUAAGGGUCUGUCCAGAAGCACUAGUGAAUUACAAGCUAGCAAAUUAUCGACAGUGGAUGGCAUUUACAAGGAGAAUUUCACUGUAAUAACGAAGCAGUUAGAGAAACUGCUUGAAGACCUCAAUGUCAUAUAUAGAGAUAUUGGAUACUCAAAUACCGAAAUUCUAACUAAAGAGAAACAAAUUUUUAACACCAUAUCAGACUCGAUAAAGGAAUUCUUUAACCAGGCCGAAAGCGAGAUGAGUAAAUUGACGAUAAAUAUAGAGAUUGAGCAAGAUAUUUUGAAUAAGAUAUUAGAAAUAAUAGGUGACCCAAGUGGGAUCAAAACAAUUCCUGACUUAUACAUCAGGAAUGCUAUAUUACAACAGACAAGAAAAACUGUUCCACAAUCACCAAAAAAGCCACUAUCUUUACUUAAUAAAAAGAAUAUUCUGGAAUCUGCAAGGGAGUAUAUUUAUAACGUUUAUCUACCAGAGUUAACAAAAUUUCUUGAGAAAUGCCUCGACCUACAACAUUUGACAAAUGCCAUCGGAAUGGACUUGAAGGAUAUUAGUGAGGAAGAGAAAAAUAUACUCAACAAUCUAAACGAAUCUGAUAACUUAGAACAAAUCUAUGAAUACUUGACCAAUGGCUCUCCUAAGAACAAGAUUUCACUGAUAUCUGAGGUAAUAAAAAAAAACAAAGCAGAGCUACUUAAUAACCCUUGCUUGCGCGAUUUGUCAACCAGUAAGUAUGAGUUGAUCUCAAACUUGCUUGAGAACCUGAAAGUUGAGUAUUUAUCAAGGAUUGAUAAAGUUUGCACGGAGGGACAAAGACUAGAAAUCCUACUAAAGGACCUUAGACUGGAUGCUCGCAAAGUUAUACCGAAAAAAAUGAGACAAAUACUGGAUCAUUACAGAAAUAUAGAUAGCUUCUCAAUUGCCAGUAUCGAGACCUAUUUUGAAGUUUCCAAGUCCUCCCUAGCCGAAUUGCAUUUGACAUAUGACAAAUAUAAUAAGAUACAUGAAGAAAAAUCAAACACAAAACAUUUGUGGAUGCUAAAAUGUAAACAGUUGUGGAAUUUACUGAAUACAUCCAAUGAUCAAAUAAAGAUAUUUGUGGAGAGUAACUCUGAUUUGUCAGACUCAACCAUGGAGAAUAUUCAUAAUGAACUAGAACGGCUGGAAGAGAUGAAGAAGAACUUAAUUAAGGAAUUGAUAGAUAAUACUUAUAAGAAGGUUGAGAAAUACUGGGAUAUACUGCAGUAUUCAGAGGAAGAGAAAAAAAUAUUUUCCUCUAGGAUUGAGGAAAUGAGGCAUACAUCAAACUCAUUGCAGGACGAUGAGGACACAUUGGAAAUCUGUGAAACAGAAGUUAAGAAAUUGGAAGAACAGUAUAGUUUGUACAAGCCUGUGUUAGACUUAUACGAGGAAUUUAAUUCACUUUUGUCAGACCAAGCAUUUUUAGAAGCAAGUUCAAAAGACUCCUCAAGACUGCUGGCCAGGAAUUCACAUAAAAUAUUGUUGAAGGAGGAAAAAACAAGGAAAAGAAUUACUAGACAUUUUCCUAGGGUCAUUUUAGAGCUGAAAGAUAGGUUGAUAGAGAUGGAAUCAAAAUUCAACAAACCUUUUCUUGUGGAUGGAGUGAAAGUUUUGGACAUUGUGAGCGUGCAAGAGAAAGAGUUACAAAGUAAAUACCCUCGUAGUAGGAUUGAUACAGGUAAUAGGCAAAGUUUAGGAAGGGUAUCUAGCGCUGGUAAUGGGUUGAGGGUAGCAAAACCUGUUAUUACCAAUUCUGGUAGAAAGGUAAUUAGCGGUCAAAGGACCACUCAUUCCAAUAGAGGAGUCAUAAAUCAAGGAAAAACUUCGAUUGCUCGCUCAAGUUCGGAUUUAUCAGAUAUGGAAAAGGCGAUGCAUCGUAGACGGACUGACGUUAAUGUGUCGACAGCAUUAAACCGGAACAUUUCUAAUUUAAGUCAAAAAAGCCGCCGCCAUAACUUUGGAUACUCUUCAACGACCAUUCUUUCCUCGAACAAUGCAACUAUAAAAACACAGCCAAGACUAUCUCAAACAAGGGACCUAAAGCCCAGACAAUUAUUUCCACUUUCGGUUAGUAAGCAAAAUGUACAACCAACCAAGAUACCUAUACUUGAAAAGAAAGUUUCUUUUGAAGCAAUGACACCAGGUAACAAAGAGAACGUUGACUACAAUCAAGAGAUUGACCGGACCCGGAAGACUAAUAAUAAUUACGCAAGUCCUUAUCAAGAGUCAGCCAAAAGCGUCUAUAAGUUAUCGAUGUCUCCUGAGGGAAAACCUAAAUUAGACGUUGAACAAAACGCAUAUAAUAUAAGUUUCGAUGAAAAUAGUUUUUUCGAAAAUUAA